AUGUCCGCAUGCCCAGAAGGCCGUCCGGUUCCUGGCUCAAUAACCUGGACCGAAAUUCCAGCUACAGACAUGGCCCGCGUACAGAAAUUCUACUCCGAUGUCUUCGGGUGGACAUACGACGGCAUGGCCCCUAUGCUCGACGACAAAGGCUCGCCCAUUUUCGUCAUGUUCAGCAGAGGCCACACGAACGGGGGAUUCGUCAAAGUCGAGCCUGAGCAGCUCCUCUCUGCUGCUCUGCAUCCGGGGAAUGGUGACAAGAAAUGUCUCUCUGUAAGGGCUACGAUUACGGUUGAGAGUGUAGAUGAGAGCUUGAAGAAAGUUGAGGAGGCAGGUGGGAAGCUGUAUAUCCCGAAGGUCGAGCUUCCCAAUAAUAUGGGCUUUGUGGCUUAUUUUACUGAUUCGGAGGGCAAUGUUCAGGGUUUAUGGUCGAUGUAA